AUGUGGGCCACAACUUUGCUACUGGCAGGCGUUGCCUCCGCCGCCGCUGGUCACCCAACCAACAGCACACUUGCAAUUGUCUGUACCGACGCCUAUGCUCGGGCAGCCCUGCCAGCCGACAACGUCUGCCCUGGCAUCAUCAUCGAUCACUCCUCAAUCUCAACUGGCGCCUUCUACGGUGUCUCGUUCACGGGUCAAUACAAUUACCCGGACGCCACAUUCAACUACUGCAACGUGACCUUCGCCUACUCCCAUAAUGGCCGCAACGACCGAGUGCUUGUCACGUACUGGCUUCCAGCUCCAGCGGACUUCCAGGCCCGUUUUCUAUCCACUGGAGGCGGAGGUUGGGCCAUCAACGAAGGAAACAACUCAGUCGCAGGCGGAAUAGCAUAUGGUGCUGCGGCAGGUCUGACGGACGGCGGGUUCGGGAGCUUCGACAACGCUUUUGACGACGUUUUCCCUCUGGCCAAUGGAACCAUCAACUGGCCACCGCUUUAUAUGUGGGGUUAUCAGGGAAUCCACGAAAUGACGGUCAUCGGGAAAGCUUUCACGAAGAAAUUCUUCAACAUGGGCAACGAAUCAAAGCUGUACUCGUACUACCAAGGAUGCUCGGAAGGUGGUCGUGAGGGCUGGAGCCAGGUGCAGCGCUUCAAUGAGUUCGACGGAGUCAUUACCGGUGCACCGGCAUUCCGCUUUGCCCAGCAGCAGAUAAUCCAUCUGCACUCAAAUGUCGUAGAGCAGACGCUGGACUACUACCCGCCACCUUGCGAGCUGGACGAAAUAGUCAACCAGACCAUCGCCGCUUGCGACCCGCUUGAUGGAAAGACCGAUGGCGUGGUCUCUAGGAGCGAUCUGUGUAAGUUGCACUUCAACCUCAACUCUACCAUUGGCAAGCCGUACAGCUGCCCGGCAACCGCGGGCAAUCCGAGUGGAGGCGUGCCACCUUCACCAGAGCAGAAGGGCGCAGUGUCAGCCCAGGGCGUUGCAGUGGCUGCCACCAUCAUCGAAGGCUUGAAGGAUUCCCAGGGAAAUCUGGUCUACUUCUCGUACCAGCCAGCCGCCGCGUUCGUCGAUGCGCAAACACAGUAUAACGCGACCUCCGGCAAGUACGAACUCCUUCAGCAGCCGUUUGGCGCAGAAUGGGUAGAGAGAUACCUCCAUCUCCAGAACGCUUCGCUCCUGCCAACGUUUGAGGGCGUGACAUACAAUACCCUGGAAGCAUGUAUAAAGCAGGGGAUGCAGAUGUACGAGCAAAGCCUGCAAACGACCUGGCCGGACCUGACGCCCUACCACCAAGCCGGCGGCAAGAUCCUGCACUACCACGGCGAAUCGGAUCCCAGCAUCCCCACCGCAUCGUCCGUCCGGUACCACGAGAGCGUGCGCCAGAUCAUGUACCCACGCCUUUCCUAUAACGAGAGCAACGCAAGGCUGAACGAGUGGUACAAGCUGUACCUGGUGCCCGGAGCAGGGCAUUGCGCGCCGAAUACGUACCAGCCUAACGGACCUUUCCCGCAGACGAAUCUGCAGGUCAUGAUCGAUUGGGUGGAGGAGGGCGUCGAGCCGAAGACGCUGAAUGCCACGGUGCUUCUGGGUGAGCACAAGGGUGAGAAUAGGCAGAUAUGCGAGUGGCCGUUGCGACCGUACUGGCCGACCAACGGGACCGAGGUGGCAUGCGUCUAUGAUCAGCCGAGCAUUGAUACUUGGCACUAUGAUCUAGAUGUCUAUAAGGUGCCGAUAUAUUAG